AUGGAGGGUUUUGCUAAUAAUCUUGGUGUCUUGGUGCUGUUGUUCAAGCCUGUUGUUGCUAGUCUUUCAGCCUCUGAUACUGGUAUUGUUCAGCCAUUAAAGAGAUGGAAGUGGGACUAUACCACAGUUCAAGAAGCUGUGAGCUCGGCUCCAGAUAAAAGUAAAAGACGGUUUGUGAUAUAUGUGAAAAGCUGGAAUUAUGAGGAGAAAGUGGAAGUUGCAAAGAAGAACAAAAAUGUUAUGAUUGCUGGUGAAGGACCAGAAAAGCACCAAGCUGUGGCUCUCAUUGCAAGGAAGCCUAUGGCAAACCAAAAGAACAUGGUCACUGCACAAGGUAGGAUUGAUCCAAAUCAAAAUACUGGGAUCUCAAUCCAGAACUGUAUCAUUAUUCCAAACCCUGAUCUUGAAUUAGGGCAGAAAAAGUUCCUACGUACUGUAGUUAUGCAAUCUUAUACUGGGGGACAUAUUAAUCGUACUGUUUGGGCAGAAUGGAGCAAGGAUUUUGCAUUAAAAACAUUGUAUUAUGGCUAG